AUGUGGGCCCCGGGGUGCGGCCGGCUCUGGUCCCGCUGCGCGCAGGCGGCGGUGCUCCUGCUGCUGUUUGGGGCGCCCCCGAGGGGCCUGGCACUACCGCCCAUCCGCUAUUCCCAUGCUGGCAUCUGCCCCAACGACAUGAACCCCAACCUCUGGGUGGAUGCCCAGAGCACCUGCAGGCGGGAGUGUGAGACGGACCAGGAGUGCGAGACCUAUGAGAAGUGCUGCCCCAAUGUGUGUGGCACCAAGAGCUGCGUGGCUGCCAGGUACAUGGACGUGAAGGGCAAGAAAGGCCCGGUAGGCAUGCCCAAGGAGGCCACCUGCGACCACUUCAUGUGUCUGCAGCAGGGCUCCGAGUGCGACAUCUGGGACGGCCAGCCCGUGUGUAAAUGCAAAGACCGUUGUGAGAAGGAGCCCAGCUUCACGUGCGCGUCUGACGGCCUCACGUACUAUAAUCGUUGUUACAUGGAUGCCGAGGCCUGCUCCAAGGGCAUCACGCUGGCUGUCGUCACCUGCCGCUAUCACUUCACCUGGCCCCACACCAGUCCCCCGCCGCCCGAGACCACCGUGCGCCCCACCACGGCCUCCCCGGAGACCCCGGGGCUGGAUACGGUGGCCCCGGCUCUGCUCAACCACCCUGUGCACCAGUCGGUCACUGUGGGCGAGACUGUGAGCUUCCUCUGCGACGCGGUGGGCCGGCCCCGGCCGGAGAUCACCUGGGAGAAGCAGCUGGAAGACCGGGAGAACGUGGUCAUGCGGCCCAACCACGUGCGCGGCAACGUGGUGGUCACCAACAUCGCCCAGCUGGUCAUCUACAACGCCCAGCCCCAGGACGCUGGCAUCUACACCUGCACGGCCCGCAACACCGCCGGGGUCCUGCGCGCCGACUUCCCGCUGUCUGUGGUCCGCGCGGGUCAGGUGGUGGCCGCGUCGGAGAGCAGCCCCAACGGCACGGCUUUCCCCGCCGCCGAGUGCCUGGAGCCCCCCGACAGCGAGGACUGCGGGGAGGAGCAGACCCGCUGGCACUUCGACGCGCAAGCCAACAACUGCCUCACCUUCACCUUCGGCCACUGCCACCGCAACCGCAACCACUUUGAGACCUAUGAGGCCUGCAUGCUGGCCUGCAUGAGCGGGCCGCUGGCCGUGUGCAGCCUGCCCGCCCUGCAGGGCCCCUGCAAGGCCUACGCGCCCCGCUGGGCCUACAACAGCCAGACCGGACAGUGCCAGUCCUUCGUCUACGGCGGCUGCGAGGGCAACAGCAACAACUUCGAGAGCCGGGAGGCCUGCGAGGAGUCCUGCCCCUUCCCUCGGGGCCACCAGCGCUGCCGGGCCUGCAAGCCGCGGCAGAAGCUCGUCACCAGCUUCUGUCGGAGCGACUUCGUCAUCCUGGGCCGCGUGUCCGAGCUGACCGAGGAGCCCGACGCGGGGCGCGCCCUGGUGACCGUGGACGAGGUGCUCAAGGAUGAGAAGAUGGGCCUCAAGUUCCUGGGCCGGGAGCCGCUGGAGGUCACCCUGCUCCACGUGGACUGGAGCUGCCCCUGCCCCAACGUGACGGCGGGAGAGACGCCGCUCAUCAUCAUGGGCGAGGUGGACGGCGGCAUGGCCGUGCUGCGGCCAGAGAGUUUCGUGGGCGCCUCCAGCAGCCGGCGGGUCAGGAAGCUGCGCGAGGUCCUACACAAGAAGACCUGCGAUGUCCUCAAGGAGUUCCUGGGCUUGCACUGA